AUGCGUAGCAACGUGGCGAUGAAACCGGAGCUCGACCAUGCAGCUGAUCCUGACACCAUUGUUGAUUGCGCACUGUGGAACGCGGUUGGCAUAAGGCUGUAUUUCCGCGAUAAAUUCGAUCAGCCCAUGCGGGAUAAUGAGCGAGCACCGAAAGAGCAUCCAUGGAAGGUAAGUUACUGUGUAGCCCGCCAUAGUUUCCGCGUGGAGGAUUUGUUUUCUCGUACCUCUGCCAUUGGAGAGGGUGUGUUAUACUCUGUACCCACAGGAGCAAUAGCCUCUACCCUUGCCGAACUGAGUCCCCGAUAA